AGAAGAAGAACAACCUUAGAGGAUGGAAAAAAAUAAGGCCUGAACCCAAACCCAAACAACAGAAACAGACACCUCAAAAAUAUGUAGAAAUACAAUUCAAACAUUUCAAGUGAACAAAUAGCAAAUAUGCAGGUUUCCAAACAGGAGGUUUACAAACAGAGAAAAAUGUCUUGCAGAAAUGAAGUUAGUCCAUAUAUCAGCAAUGAAAACUACUUAAACGACUUACAGAAGAAGCACCACCACUCGUGUGUUAAAUUUAAAGCAAUAGAAGCUGUGAAAAGUAGAAAGGUGUUUACUGUUUAUGGACAAGGUUCGAAAGCUGUGAGGAGAGCUUUGAUUGAACGUGGUUGGUUUGAAAAGGUACCUCGAAAUAAAAGAUAUUAUAACAUAUGGAAAAGACCUGAACAAUCAUUUUUAUCCAAUUUUCUUCAAAAAUACAAUGCAAAUUUCAUUUGGGGUACAAAUAGUUCCAAGGAAAUAACAUCCAUGAAAGCAGUUAAAAAAAAACCAAAAACUAUAUGCCCUAUAAGAAAUAGAUUGGAAGUAGUAAAUGAUUGGUGCACAAAACUGCAUUCUGAAGUACCGACCGCAGCUAAAUUGUGA